GCAGACUUCACCCCGUUUGUGUGUAAACCCGCGACAUCUUUUCCCUCCGGUAGUUGUUGACACUUCGCGUAUGCUGUCUUACCCUCGCCGAUGCUUUCGUGCAAGACACGAUGAGCGUAGGCAGCAGUCCGGCACACGUGGCUAUAAAGACGCCGCGGCCGCCAUCCGCUUGGCGCAAGCAAUCUCGCUACUUGAGCAUUCCCGAUGAUACCCACCCUCCAAAGACACGAUGGAGGGAGAUAUUCUCCCCGCAAAAAUUAUUCGGAGAGGCUGAAGAAGGGGGUGAAUGGAUCAAAGGCGCGCUAAUUUGCACCUGGAUCACGAGCACGAUCCUGGCCAUCAAUGUGAUCACGACGAUCGUUGCAACCGUUAUUGCCUAUCAUCGCCUGGGGAAGACGAACCGCGGCCAGUUUCAAAUGGUGGAGUUGUAUAGCGGACAAUGCUCGCGCUCGAGCCAUUGGGCGACGGGGUUGCAUCUGGUCAUCAACGCGUUGAGCACCAUUCUUCUCGCGGCCAGCAACUACGUGAUGCAGUGCUUGGGCGCACCCUCCCGGACGGACAUCGACCGGGCCCAUGCGAGAUCGCGCUGGCUCGACGUUGGCACGUCCAGCUUGCGCAAUUUCGUGGUUAUGGACGGUCGACGCAAGAUUCUGUGGGUCCUGCUUCUGAUUAGCUCGACGCCGAUCCACAUGAUUUACAACUCGGCUAUCUUCUCCUCGAUAUCAACUCUCGAAUAUGGUAUGCUCAUGAUUCCAGACGACCUGUCCCCCACCGAGGCAUUGAUCAGCAACGACACCACAAGUCGCGAGAACUUCCUGUCUAAAGUGGGAUACGGGGAAGAUAUUCUUCGCACGCAAAUCUUCAACGGAAGCUUCGUCAAUGCGACGAUUGCCGACUGCGUCAAGAAGUACAAUGUUGAGUUCAAUACACAGUACGGUACACUUCUCUUGGUUGCAGACCGAAAGUACUUUCACAACACCAGCAGUCUUCAGAGAGGAGGUUUCUAUAAAUCAGCCUCGAUCUACGACUACCUGCAGGAUGAGGGCGAGGCCACGCCGAUCCGGGCGGGGAAUCUGACGCUGCUCAGCGAGCACUGGAGUUACCGCAUCUGGAAUUACUCCGUGCCGGAUCCCGUGCAUGGGGGGGUUUCGUUUAUCAAUUUUGUUGACUCGAGUUCCGAGGACUUGGUGGAGUACGCUAACUCCAGUUUGCUCACCGACAUGUACACUCUGGUCGAGUACAACUAUGCCUUCAACCCUGCCCACGACGCCCUGCGCGCGUACUUGGAUAAUGCAACUCACUGGAAAAACAGCUCCUGGGCAGCUGAUGUGACGUUCGAGUGGACUGGAAUCGGGAAUCUGGCAGAAUUAUACUGGAUCAAUCGGACUGGCGCAAGAGACGUCACGAUAUCGCACUGCAUGGUCAAGGAGGAGGAACAACGAUGUCAACUGUUCUUCAGCCCUCCAAUCGCAAUCAUCGUCAUUUUAUGCAACAUCACCAAGGUCAUCUGCAUGUUCCUCACAGCCCGAGUCAAGCGCACAGACUUGAUGUUGAAAGUGGGCGAUGCGCUGGCUUCCUUCCUCACAAAACCUGAUCCGACUACCCGCGGUCGAUGUCUCCUGUCCCGGGCGGACAUGACCCAGGGCCCUCAAGCCUGGACUCUUCCUGCUAUAUCUUUUGGUCGCUUGAAAGGAUACACGCUGCAAAAGCGAUCCCCAAGCCCAACGUCACAUUCCUCGGAGCCUCUUUCGCCAACAACUUCUACCCCUGAUGCCCCUGAAAUCUACCCCAGCCUCCUUCCCACACGCAAAAGAUGGUACCAAGCCGUCAGCUGGCAACGAUGGACGCUGGUCCUUUUCUUCUUCCUUACCCGCAUCCUCACCGCCAUCUGUCUCACCUGGUACACCAUUCACGUGUCCGGCGGCUUCAGUGCGGCCAUGAGUCUGGGCUUCGCGCAAACCAGCGCAGCUAACAUGAUUGAGUACCUGUCGAAGAACAUGAUCGCUCUCGUCCUCCUGGCCAACACCCCGCAAAUCGUCCUCUCAAUCCUGUACUUUCUGUCUAACAGUCUGCUCACAUGCAUGCUCGUCGCUUUGGAAUGGGACCAGUACGCGCGGCACCGGCAUCCGCUGCGCGUCUCCUGGCCGCGCGGGCGCCAGGAAUCCAGCAACUACCUCACCCUGCCGUACCGGUACAGCAUCCCUCUCCUGGUCAUAUCGGCGACGCUGCACUGGCUCCUCUCGCAGAGCAUCUUCUUCGUCAACAUCAAGGCCUACAACGUAUACGGCGAGGAGGACGAAGGUACCUCGUCGCGCGGGUGCUGCUACUCCCCGAUGGCGAUGUUCAUCACCAUGUGGGUCGGCAUUCUGGCGCUGGGGCUGCUGGUUUCGCUGGGCGCGAGACGGUUUAAAUCGCAUAUGCCGCUGGCGACGCAUUGUAGCGCGGCAAUUAGCGCAGCGUGUCAUCCACCGGAUGACGAUAAAGAGGCUGCGCAGAAGCCGGUUAUGUGGGGCGAAAUCCCGGGCGAGGAGGAUGGGAAUGAGGGUGAGGUCAGUACUGAGUAUCCAAGGCCAGGGAAGGCGGAUGGGCGCGGGUACGCGCACUGUUCGUUUACAUCGCUGGAUGUGGUGACGCCCAGCCUGGUGAAGUUGUAUUGCUAGUUCCGGGCCGAGCUGUGUAUAUUAUGACUGUUUUUGUAUGCUGAAGACAAUGCAAUACCUUUUGCCACACGCACUUGUUUUUAUUUAUCGUACAGACCCAGGGAUGUUGUUUCACUCCGAGUCACUUCCGGACUCUAAUCCCCGCCCGUUGAUGGCCAACAAUUCCACCGUGCUACAUGGUUAGCAUGGCUCCUCCAACACGACACGGGAGACUUACAAGACUAGAUUCGCGUUACCCGGGAUGAACGGCGGCGCGCC